AGCAGUAGUCCAUGUGAGUGUUGACGUCAGCACGCUUUCCUGCUUGGUUUCCAGCGCAAUGGCGGCUCCGCGGCUCUUCUUGAGAACCUUAGGCGUAAAGUCUUCCUUAACCGGGUUAACCGGUGGCGUGCACGGCAGUUUGGGGUUAACUUUGCUGAAACUGUCUCCCGACUGCACAGCCAAGCCGACAGCACAGAGAAGACACGCAGCGCACUUCACCUAUCAUCCUGACCCUGUGCCGACUCAGUAUGGCCCCACACAGAAGAUGAAUUUAUUCCAGUCUGUAACCAGUGCCUUGGACAACAUACUUGCCAGUGAUCCCACCGCAGUGAUUUUUGGUGAGGAUGUGGCGUUUGGUGGGGUGUUUCGAUGCACGGUCGGCCUCCGAGAUAAAUAUGGUAAGGACCGUGUAUUUAACACCCCGCUGUGUGAGCAAGGCAUUGUGGGGUUUGGUAUUGGUGCAGCUGCCGCGGGAGCCACCGCAAUUGCAGAGAUUCAGUUCGCCGACUACAUUUACCCAGCGUUUGAUCAGAUCGUGAAUGAAGCGGCCAAGUACCGGUACCGUUCUGGGAACAUGUAUGACUGUGGGAAGCUGACCAUUAGAUCUCCGUGGGGCUGCGUGGGUCACGGCUCGCUCUAUCACUCCCAAAGUCCUGAGGCCUUCUUCGCACACUGUCCUGGAAUUAAGAUUGUUGUGCCGAGAGGUCCAGUCCAGGCCAAAGGUCUUCUUCUGUCCUGCAUUGAAGAUAAGAACCCCUGCAUCUUCUUUGAGCCCAAAAUCCUGUACAGAGCAGCAGUGGAGCAAGUGCCCACAGAAGCCUAUCACAUCCCUCUCUCCCAGGCCGAGGUCCUGCAGGAGGGCAGUGAUCUCACACUGGUGGCGUGGGGAACACAGGUACAUGUUAUGAGGGAAGUGGCUGCUAUGGCACAGGAAAAGCUGGGUGUCUCCUGUGAGCUCAUUGACCUUCAGACCAUUUUGCCUUGGGACACAGAGACCGUUUGCAAGUCGGUGGUGAAGACGGGUCGGCUGCUCGUCAGUCAUGAGGCUCCAGUGACCGGAGGCUUUGCUGCUGAGAUCAGCUCUACGGUUCAGGAGGAGUGUUUCCUCAACUUGGAGGCUCCCAUCAGUAGGGUUUGUGGGUACGAUACACCCUUCCCUCACAUCUUUGAGCCCUUCUACAUCCCAGACAAGUGGAAGUGCUUUGAGGCCGUCAAGCGUAUGAUCAACUACUGAAGCACUGGCAACACAGAUUGAGAAUUUCAUCAGUGAACACACCAGUCAAUCCCACAGCUAACUUCUGCCUGUAGAUGGGACCAUGCUACCGGACAGGCUGUCACUUUUUGGGAAACUCCAGAAAACGUCAUUGAUCUUGUGUCUAGAGGGUGAAUCGUAAUUUCUGAACACUAACAUGUGGACGUCACACGGGUGCUGUGCUCUUCUAUCUGCUCCUUCCAUGUCUGUGCUCUUGCCGUUACCUGGAUGUCACCAUCUUACGUUUAGUUUAGUUUAGUAUUUUUAUUAAAAUUGAAUUGAGGCUGGAUCUUGUGUGUUUUGAUUCUGUCAACAUUUAGUGAAUAUCCCAUCCUAUUUGUAAAAUCUUUGGUUUAAUUGAAUAAAUAAUCUGCUUUAAAACCUA